CGAUUCUCUUUACUUAUUUCUACUGGUUCUUUUUCCUUUGCAGAUUUGAUUUGAACUAUACUACACCUGUUCUUGUUUUUGUUUUGAUCAGGGAUUGGAACAGGGAGGAGGCAGAGUUUCAAGCGUGAACUUCAGCUAAAUAAGCAACAUUAUUCUAUGUUGGCUGUUCUCGGCAUAGCUGUUCGUCGCCUAGGACCCGUGAUUGGUAACUUGCUCGGGCAGCCGCCGGAGGGUAUUCCUGAAACAAACCCGGUCCUGGAGCAUAUAGUUAACAUUCCGAACCCUAUGGAGGUCAAUGUGAUGGAGCCCAAUCCACAUGAUAAUCAGCUAAAUGGACAUGUCUCUUAUGUCCGAAUAUCUCCACCUCCUAAUUCCGUUGCUGACCAAGACGACCAUCAAGAAACCCCACCGGCUGAUCUACAAAGUGAAUUAAAGAUUUCUUUAGGGUUAAUCGCUGUUUCAGCUGGAAGCUUAGUAGCUGUGAUAGUUGUGAUUUUUGGAGAAAAAAAGAUAAGCCUUGCACAUCCGGUAGUCUCUCAGGCGUUUGCAUCGUUAAGUCUCAUUUCUCUAAUUUCUGAUAUAAUUCUACUUCUGCUCACACUAAAACGCCCAAACAUUUCAUACUUGUUAAAAAUUGUCCGAUUCACCUUGUGUGUUAGCUUGGUUUCUCUCUAUCUUGCCUAUACAUGGGCAGUUUUCGUUCUACUUUGAGACAAUCAUGUGGGGACGAUUGUUGCUGUAGCCUCCCUUUCAGUAUUCAUCGUUAUAGUCUCCCUUUUUGAGAAAUUUAAGGCGUAAGGAGAGUGUAAGAGUGAUGUAUGUGAGGUGUAAUAAAGAAUGUAUAACAUCCAGGUUUGCCUUGGAGUCGU